GAAAACAACGAUUCAAUAUCCCGUCGCUCUGACAUGGAAGGACAACAGGCACCUCUGAAGAAAGCUAAAGAUCUGCGCCGGUGGCAGGAAGGUCCCCGGAGAACAGUUGGUGUAUUUUAAACAGGACGGAGGGAAGUGAGAGUUGAUGGUUUUGCGGUGAAAAUUUUGACUUGUUCGGCAGGUAUGUGUGGACAGAUGAUUUCAGUCCGAUAAUGCUGUGUCCUAGCGGGUGCACUAACACCCUGUACCGCCUAAAGAGCUUCGAUUUUGUCCCGGCCUCGGGACCAUCGUCCGGGAAGUAGCCGGAGUCUGUGCUGCAAGUCUGGGAACCACAUUCCAGCUCCGCUCUUCGUUCCUGCUGCUUCAGUAAAUUCGGAAUUUUGCCGGAACACUGAACUUGAGAGGUGACUUUAUUACUGAUGGUGCAGAACGUAGCCGGCUUAUGAAUAACACCCAAGUUGAUGAUGUCAAAAUCCUCUAUCAGCAGAAAGGUUGUUUCUGCUAAGGUGACCUAUUGGGUGAAUCCGUCUUUUGAUGGUAUAAGCAACUCUAGCUUACCAAUAACCUUGGACAGAAAACCAUCUAGCAAUUCAGAGUCCAGUGCUGGAGUUCAGAAAAUUCUUCGGAGAGAACAAGACAAAACAUUGCAGUCCUCUGUCUUAAAUAUCACAACGAGCCAAAAAAGGACAAAGGCAUCUGAUGCAGAGCAGAUCUUAAACUGUUGUAGACAAAAUUCAGUUUCAAAUUCUGAUGAAGCCUGGGUGGAUGAAUAUAAACCUCAAAAUCAGAGUGAACUUGCAGUUCAUAAGAAGAAAAUUGAAGAGGUUGAAAGUUGGCUAAAAGCCCACACAAUAGAGAGAUUUCCCCAUCAGAAAACUGGCUGUUCACUGAAGCUGCUCACGGUGACCUCCUCUUUCUGUGACAACAUGUUGGAUAAGGGUGUUUCCAUCUUAUUACUAACGGGUGCUGCUGGCACUGGCAAGACUGCUACAAUACAAGUUCUUGUAAAGGAGCUGGGAAUCCACCUGCUGGAAUGGACAAAUCCUUUAUCAGAAAACCAAUUUAAAAGCCAUGAUGAAUUUAAAGGCUGCUUUAAUACUGAACCAGGUUUUCGGAUAAAUAUCAGCAAGUCACAGUCUGUUCUAUUUGAAGAAUUUUUAUUGCGAGCCAACAAAUACAAAAAGCUUCAGAUGCUGGGCGAUAGACUGGAGACAGACAAAAAACUGAUUCUUGUGGAAGAUAUUCCGAAUCAGUUUUAUAGAGAACCUUCAUGUAUGCAUGAUAUUUUGAGGAGGUUUGUGCAAGUAGCAAGGUGUCCACUGGUGUUUAUAAUUUCUGAUAGUGUUAGUCAAGACAGUGGUCAUCGGUUACUCUUCCCUAAAGAUAUUCAAGAGGAAUUGGGCAUUGCGAACAUAAGUUUUAAUCCUGUGGCUCACACAAGCAUGUUGAGAGUUUUAAAUAGAAUAGCUUCUCAAGAGGCUAGUAAGAAUGAUGGGAAGACUACUGUUCCUGACAAAACUGUACUAGAGUUGCUCUGCAGAGGCAGCGCAGGAGAUAUCAGAAGUGCAAUAAACAACCUUCAGUUUACUUCAGUGAAAGGCUGCCCAUUGGAACUGAAUUCAGCACAGAACUAUAAAGGAAAAACUUUAAUAAAAGCAGGCAUGUCUUCAAGAGGAAAACAUAAAGAAAAAUCUUCAAAGGCAAAUGAAAAGGGAGGUGGCCUGCACACCAUUGGAAGCAAGGACCAAUCUCUCUUCCUGUUUCGAGCUCUGGGAAAAAUAAUUUAUUGUAAACGAGAGCUGCCUAAUGACUUGAAUUUGAAUCCAUUACCAAUCCAUUUAUCUGAGCAUGAAAGGGAUCCACUUCUGAUCCAUCCUGAGGAGGUGAUUGAAAAUUCACAUAUGUCUGAGGAGCUAUUCAAUCUUUAUCUUCACCAAAAUUACCUUGAUUUCUUCAGCGACAUAGAAGACGUUGUACGGGCUAGUGAAUAUCUUAGUGAUGCAGAUUUCUUAACGGUAGAUUGGAAUAAUCGUUCAACUAUGCAGAAAUAUAGUACGUCUGUUGCUGCACGAGGGUUGAUUCAUGCUAACAAAGCUAGAGCUCGAGCUAAUUGUAGAGGAGGAGCUGGCUUCAAACCUUUACACAAACCACAGUGGCUCUCAAUAAGUAGAAAGUAUAAAGAAAACUGUCUUGCAGCCAAAGGAUUUUUUUCAAAUUUCUGUUUGGCCCCAUAUUGCAUUCAGACCCAGCUAUUGCCAUAUCUUGCUCUGUUAACGAACCCCAUGAGAAACCAAGCCCAAAUUAAUUUUAUCCAUGAUGUGGGAAGGUUUCCUUUCAAGAGAUACUCUACUAGGUUAACGUUGGAAACUUUAACAGAUAAGGAUCCAGGUAUUCUGGAGUUAGAUAAUGAAGAUGACUGUGCCCAGUCUCAGUCAUUAACACAUGAUCAGGCAACAGCAACAUCAUUGUGUUCAACCAGCAACGCAAGUCAUUCUGGUGCAGGAGAUUUACCAAGUAGCCAACCACAACCAACCAUAACCCAAUCCUUCCAAGAAGAAGAAGAAGAGGAAGAAUUAAUGAUAGAGGAAUAUGAUAGUGACUAAGAUAGUUAUUUUGGUCUAAGUUGAGUCUAUAAAUAUUUAUUUUUUUAGAUUUAUUCAAUCUGGUUAAAUAUUGGAUCCGAACAUAAUUCAUUAAUGAAAGUGUUUCUGGAACCACAGUAACUAUGAGCAUUUUUGAAAAUUGUAUAAGUGACAAUAAUGUUUCCUUGACCACAUCCAGAGUUGUGGAACCAUUGGAAAAUAUUCCAUAUCUCCACUGCCUAGCACACUAAGUUUAAUAAGACCAGCAUAUUUUCAGAAAACUCAACGGAACCAUUUACUUCCAUUAUUGUACCAAAGGAUUCUAUUUGUUAUGCAAACUGUACAAAAAUUGAUUUCAACCAUAUUGCUUUGCUAAAAAUUCAAACAUAUGUAAGACUUUUUCUCUUAGUUUCAUCUUCAUUAAUGUUAUACAUAAAUCUUUGGCCUCCAUUUUACUGAGCCUGUUUACCAACAGUGCUUUGUAUCAAAAUUUUAUCGACUGUUUUUUGGGAAAAAGUCUAGAAGUGAAGAUGACGUUCCUGAAUCUAAAUAUAAAUAAUAUUUAUAUUUAUACUUGACAAUGUUUUUGAUAAACAAGAGGCCGUAAACUCCUUGUACAGCAAUCUGAGCCCAAUAACACUGAGUUAUUUAUGUUGAAAUAUGAUGUAUCCUUCACCUUUUGUUUUUUUAUUUGGUUGCAGAAUUUACAACUUUAGAGUUUCAUGGUCCGUGGCUUUGCUCCAUUUUAUUAAUACAUUAAACCUUUUAUUGAACA